AUGUCUAUCGAAUCGGAACCUGGACUGAGAGAUGUGCAAAUAGUUUAUCUACCAAAGCUGGUGCCUCGAGAAGCGCUGUCAUCGUCCGAAUCCGUCCAAGAGGAUGUCCCAUUUUCUUAUAGCUUCAAUGCCUUUGGCAGAAAUUUCGAUCUUCAGUUAGUUCCCAAUAGAAGACUGGUUUCUCCCCAAUUUCGAGUGUGGUCUGACAAUGGAGAAGAAGAAUCCUUGUCUGAUGUGGAUGCAACGUGCCACUUUUUGCACGCCGGAGUAGACGCUGUUGCUGCAUUUUCCGCUUGCAGAGACCAUGCACUUCACGGCCUCAUCGUGACGGACAAUUCGACGUACGAAGUGCGGCCCUUGGCUCGAGGCGGGGGCAGAGCGGGCGCGAAGCAUGGCCGCACGGCCCACAUGAUCCGGCGAGCCGCGCCGCCGCCCCUGACGCACGACGACGACAGACCGCUGCGCCGCAGCCCGCGGCGACCACGCGUUCACCCGGCCAAGCCCGCGCCGUCUUCCUACACUAUUGAAGUCGCGCUGUUCCUCGAUCAGUCCGCUUAUAAAAUCUUUCAUCCGUACCUUAACCACAAUGAAGCCGAUCUUCGAGACAUGCUACUCGCUUACAUUAACGGCGUCCAAGCCCUGUACCAUCAUCCGUCAUUGGGAACUCGCAUACAAUUGUCUCUGGUACGGUUGACGUUACUACGGUCCCAACCACAAGGCCUACCACCUCACGCAGAGCGGGGACGCCUUCUUGACUCUUUCUGCGCCUAUCAGCGGUCGCUUAACGUUGAAGACGACGACGAUCCACAACACUGGGACAUGGCUCUUCUCCUUUCUGGAUUGGACUUCUAUUCAGAGGAAGGCGGUCGUCGUAACGGAGUCACGAUGGGUUUGGCACCGGUGGGCGGAGUGUGUCUACCAGCUCACGCCUGUGUGGUUUCGGAGUUUGGGACAACAGACACCUUGGGCAGGCCCUACCCGUCCGCUGGCUUCACGUCCGUUUACAUCUUAGCGCAUGAAAUAGGACACAACCUGGGUAUGCACCACGAUGGUUCCGGCAACUCCUGUGCCCGGGAUGGCUUUAUAAUGUCUCCUUCCCGGGGGACGAAUGGUGAAGCGACGUGGUCGCACUGCAGUGCACGAGUAGCAGCCGAUUUACAAUGGGCGACGUGUCUCUUCGACGGAGAUGAUGAUUUAGACACGCCGAAUGAGCUUCAGCACAAUAGGUUUGGCGGCUAUCCGGGAACAAGUUGGGGUGCGAAAAAACAAUGCGAGGUGCUACUGAGAGAUAAAGAUGCUGCGCCAGUAGAUGUGGGCAGUAAUUGGUGUGAUGGUGGCGCUUGUAUUGCUGUGGAUCCAUCCUACCAGCCAAUGACAGAGGCGCCAUCUCACGGCCACGACACGAAUACUUGGAGCGCCUGGACCUCUGGGGAGUGUCGUUCUGGGUGUACUCAGCGUGGACGCGGUGCUCGUGAGCGAAGACGCUCCUGUCCAGCAUCAGCCACUUGCACGGGAGCCGCAUAUGAUGUCGCAUUAUGUGAUGACAACAAGGUUUGUGGCAAGAAAAAAAGGGUGAGCGCAAACGAGCUGGCUGCGAGAAAGUGCACUGAAUACGCUACAAAGAUGCCAACACUGGACCCUCACGGAGGUGGAUUGCAAGCACCCCACGACCCUACUCGUAUGUGGAUGGGUUGCGCAAUAUUUUGUCGGCGCGCGUCUGGCGGCGGCUUCUACGCUCCUCGAGUAGAACUGAACGAUGCUGGACUGGAUCCCUAUUUCCCGGAUGGCACUUGGUGUCAUCACGACGGUUCUACCAACUACUAUUGUCUUCAACAUCAUUGCUUGCCUGAGAACUUCAAGAUGACAGCGCAGUACCAUAUCUGGGAGUUGCCAAGCGAAGACGUCGGGGGACCGUUUAACGCCAGGGCGAGGUCUGUGGAGGACGAUGAUUAUCUAGCAGCAUUGCGCACUUACCUAACGGUGGAUGAAAAGGGGGCUCCGUACGCUCGCGCGGCCUUCCCUCCCCAGGUGCCAGAAGAGCCAGAGGACAAUUGGGAGGUCGUGGAUUACGUGGAUAUAUCUACGAAAAAUGAUUCUUUAAGGGUCGACGUUUGA